AUGCGUAAGCGCAUCCAAACUUUAUACACCCUGUCCUCGCUGAACUUCAGUUCCCAGUUAGCUAUCGAGCAGACAGUGGCCAUCCCGCACGACUAUCCAGAGCCGGUGGCGACAGAUGGCUACAUUAUACCAACGCUCGGACUCUACCAUGGUUCGUUUGUGUUUUCCUAUCUGUCCACCUUCCUGUCGUACAUCACACCGUACGAUCUGCCAGUAGUCUAUUGCAUUCUAGAGCUGCUGCGCGAUGCGUUCCACACGAAGGUAUCCUUCUUCCAGCUGAUUCUCGAGGCCCUCAAGGUGGAGUCGGGAUAUAUCUGUCUGAUAGCGAUUUUUUUCCUGAUAUCGCUUAUACCGCUCUGCUACACGAUUGCCUGGGGUUGUGCGAAGGAACCGGACGAUGAUCUGAACCCGGGACCAACCGUGGAUGCCAUCAUACAGGCGGAAGAGCUAUCGCUCGAAGAGUCUUUGCACUGCCGGAAAAGCUUUCUGGGACUAAUGCUACAGGUCGUCAUACUGCUGUUGAUCGCCGGCGUAAUAGCGAUGUUCGUAACGAACGAACAGAUUGCCUCGGCCGUUGAUCAGACACCCACCGUCGUGCGGUCGUCGCUGCUGGAUGCGGCAACCUUUCUGCGUGACGCAGAAUCACAAAUGCGGUACGUGAUUGCUGAGGGACUCGCCACCGCGACCGAACGCAUACGGAACGAUCUGGAAAGCGUGGACAAAUUGCUCGGCGAACCGAUUCAGCACCAUCUCGCGCUGUUUACCGGUAUCGACAUCAUCUUCGAGUCUAUCAUUGAGAUCAGCACGAGCAGUAGCAACCUGUCCCGGCGGAUCCAUCUGCUGCAGGAUGCACUAGCAAGGGCAGCCAAAAUCUCGUACGAAGCAGAGUACCGGCUGGAUGAGCUGCAGAUACAACUGUCCGUAUUGCAACGCCAGUGCACGUUCCGCGAUCGUCCACUAUGCGAUACGCUUCGGAUUCGGAACUUUGAGGAUACGGGGCUGAUAGAGCGGAUCCGAAAGCUGCAAGUUGACCGGACCCUGGCCAAGCUCAUGGCGAUGGGUGAGGCUAGUCGAAAUAGCAGCAUGCACGCGUUAACGCAGGAACUAACGCUAGCGCGUGCCACCUUUCGCAACUACGCCGUCGAUGUUAGAAACGUCACCGAGGAUCAGGCAGAUCAGGUGCAGGAGCGGCUAGGAGAAUUGACCACCGAUACCCAGACGACUAUCGGCAUUCUUACCCGAACAAUUGGGCAGCUUGUCGAGCAGGUAAACCAUACGGCUAACUUUUCCGAUUCGUUCUUUGAUCGGUAUCGUGAAGUUGGUGCGAUCUUAUGGUUAGCUGGACUCGCUACCACGAUUAUGACCCUGCUGGUAACACUCAUCCUGCUGAGUGCGCUCAGCUGCGGUUGUUGCCACGCGGACAAUAAGGCCGGCAUCACCCUCAUCCUGGGCGCCAUCUGUAUCUGCAUCGCGAGCCUAGCCCUGUCGGGAUUCACCAUGAUGGAGAUGCUGCUCGGAGCACACGGGCAACUGUUCAUCUGCCAUCCACUGUACAAUGAGCCGGAAUAUACCGUGCUGCAAAAGCUUAUCGACAAACCGGGACUGAUUUACCCGACCGAGCCACAGUACGGCAUCAUCGGGGAGCUGUUGCGACAGGCGGCACCGCCCGAAGCGCGAUGGUCACAGCCGGUGCAAAUAUCACUGUCGACAGCACUGAACAAAUGCGAACAGGGUCAUGGAUCGUAUUCCACCUUUCAGCUCGAUGCGUUGUUGAAUCUCACUGCCAAGCUCGAACCACAUCAACGGCCCGAGCUGGAGCGUGCAAUUGAAGGUGUUGGUGCCAGCGAGGAACCAUUCCUGGGGUUCACCGUGCGCAUCCAGGGCAUCCUGGAGGAUAUGCUGUACGAUUCGGACCUGAAUCUCACUGGUACGCGCAUGGAACUAACGCAACUGUCACCCGAUAAGGACGUACUCACCUUCAUCGAUCAGCUGCAGCGUGUGUCGGCACAGAUCCAAGACGUAGCCACGGCGAGCCGCAUGACGACACUCGGCUCCCGAGCCAAGCGCUUGCAGCUUUCCCUGCUGGCUCCACUAGAGCAGUUGCGCGGUGACAUCGUCUACCAUCUGACGGCGCUCGAGCUCCAACUGUCACCGUGGGCAGCGCAGGUUAACAAAAGCUUAACGCAUCUGCGCAAUGCACAGACUUUCCUCGACACGGAAUCGGCCGAGGUAUGCUACAAUCGCAGUGACGUGUAUCGCGCACGGUUACGUGCACAUCUGGACGCCUAUCGGAACUACACGGCCACCGUGCUCAAUGAUCGGUGUGCGAGCUGCCGGCCACUGUUUGACAUUUUCGAUGCGAUGCGUAUGCUUUUCUGCCACCAUAUAAUGGAUCCGAUGAAUGGGCUCUGGUUUUCGGCCUUCUUGUGCCUGUUCCUGUGGGCUGUGGCCACGCCGCUAUCACUAAUGCUUUCCUCCACCUACAGGCGACUGGAGAUACUUUCCAGCAAGCUGCAACACUCUAACAGCCAUCGGUACAAUGCUCGAGCUUCCGUUCGGGAAGAUCAACGGGAAUCCAGCCACUGGUCAACACAACGAUCCGUCUCGGUGCACGUGAACGCGGUGGCCGAAUCGAGCACCGACGAGGAGUUCCCGCACUACACGGCAUCCGGCAGCGAUGAGGAGGCUGGCACCGACGAAGGUGCGGUCGUUAUCGAGUACAUCGAGUUGCGUUACGAAAAUGGCGACCCCACAAACUACCGCGAGAGUUUGAUCUAG